AUGGCCAGUCCUGGCGGGCACAACACACUUGCAAGCUUUGAGGGGACGACCCCGACAGUCAACACGGUACACCAGGACGAGGCGCUCAAGAUCCUGUCGGGCUGGACGGGCGAGCAGACAUGGGAGCCUUCUGAGGAGAAGGCCAUUGUGCGGCGGCUCGACCGGACGCUGCUCGUGCUGCUGACGCUCACGUACGGGCUGCAGUAUUACGACAAGGCCAUGCUUUCGCAGGCGGCACUAUUCGGCCUCCGCACCGACCUCGCCCUCAACGUCGGCGAGCGGUACUCGUUCUCGGCGGCCAUCUUCUAUCUGGGCUUCAUCUGCGGCGCCACCCCCGCCGUCCUCCUGUCCCAGCGGUUCCCCAUCGAGCGCGUCUGCGCCGGCAUCGUGCUCGUCUGGGGCGUCUGCCUGAUGACCACUGCGGCGUGCCGCGACUGGCGCGACCUCUACGUCCAGCGGUUCUUCCUAGGGUUUCUGGAGAGCGGGGUUAGCCCAAUGUUUAUGCUUGUGGUUGGUGGAUGGUAUAAGCGCAAUGAGCAGGCUCUGCGGAUGGGCGUGUGGUACUCCGCCACCGGCUACGUCUCCGUCAUCGCGCCCCUGAUCAACUACGGCCUAGGCCACAUCUCGGGCGGCCUGUCCCCCUGGAAAUACAUGUACCUCGUGGCGGGCAGCAUCACGGUCGCCUGGUCGGCCGUCAUCUACUUCUUCUUGCCGCCGGACCCGAUCCGCGCGCGCGGGCUGACCGACCGCGAGCGCUACAUCGCCGUGGCCCGGCUGCGCGUCAACAACACGGGCGUGCGCAACACGCACUUCAAGUGGCAGCAGGCCCUCGAGGUAGGCCGGGAUAUCCGGUUCUGGCUCGUCUUCGGCUGCGCGUUCCUCGCCAUGAUCGCCAACGGGCCCGUCUCGAGCUUCAUCCCCAUCUUCAUCUCCAACUUCGGCUUCAGCACCCUCAACAGCCUGCUCCUCACCAUGCCCGCGGGCGCGGUCAUCGGGACCAUCCAGCUGCUCGCGUCGUACUGCGCGUACAGGUUCAAAAACGCCCGCACGUGGAUCAUUGCGAUCUGUCAGGUCGGCACCGUCAUGUCGGCACUGCUGCUGUGGCUGCUGCCCCGGGGUAGCAAAGGCGGUUUGUUGUUUGGGUGCUACUUCCUGGCCAGCUUUGGGGGCGGGUAUGCAGUGCUCAUGGGCUUGCAGGUCGCCAAUACUGCUGGGUAUACGAAGCGGAGUGUGGCGAGCUCGGGCAUUUUUAUCGGAUAUUGUCUCGGCAACUUCGUCGGUCCCCUCCUCUUCAAGACCGAAGAUGCCCCCGGCUACGGGCCCGGGUUCCUCGCCACCGUCGUCACCGCCGUCGUCGUCGCCUUGCUCAUCAUAGUGUACCGCUUUGUGUGCAUCUGGGAGAACCGCCGGCGCGACCGGCGCGGCAUCGGCGAGGGCUUCGACAAUGCCUACGAGGACGACCUGACGGAUAUGAAGAAUCCGCAGUUCCGAUAUACUUUGUAAUAGUUGAGGGCUCACCAGCAAGGAUAACUAAUCAAAGGAGGACCACGAUUCCCUGGUUCAGUGCGGGAGGGAGGCCGCGCUGGCGACGGGUUCUGGAGUAGAGUGGCGCAGGCAGCCGGAUCUGAGUAGGCUCUCCCGUUAAACUUAGUGACAACGGGCAGUAUGGCCGCUGGACUAUCGGCGAGAUUGUGCCUCAUGUGAAAAUGGGACUGGAGUACCGAAACC